AUGUUACCGACUCCCAUAACGAAAGAUAUUGAUUAUGAUAAAGUAUAUGAACCAUCAGAGGAUUCUUUCUUAUUUCUUGAUUGUUUUGAACAAGAAGCAGAUUUUAUACGAAAUAGGUUUAAACAAAAGACAUUACCCUUGGUUACUGAAAUUGGUACUGGUUCAGGAAUAGUAACAACUUUUGUCAUGAAGAAUAUAAUUCCAAAUUCAAUAUUUCUAACUACUGAUAUCAAUCCACAUGCAUGUCAAACUGUUCUAGAAACAGUCAAAGCUAAUAUAGAUCAAGAAUUGAGUGUUGUAGAUUCCACACAAAUGGAUCUAACGACAGCUAUAAAAUCACAAGCUAUUGAUUUGCUCAUCUUUAAUCCCCCUUAUGUUCCGGCUUCCGAAUUGCCUGAAAUACCGGAAAAUAGCGAAGAUCCUACUUGGUUAGAUUUGGCAUUAUUGGGAGGAUUAGAUGGCAUGGUAACUACUUGGAGGGUUUUAAAUGAUUUAGACAAUAUUCUAGCACAACCAGAUGGCAUCGCUUAUAUCUUAUUUUGUGCGCGAAAUAAACCAGAUCACGUUGCUAAUGUAAUGAGAUCAAGAGGUUGGCAAGUAGAUACAGUGAUUAAUAGAAAGGCAGGUUGGGAAGUUCUUAGCAUUUUAAGAUUCAUGAAGAUAAGAAAUCACUAA